CAACCCAGGAUGGAACUGACACCAGUCUAUUGGAUCUAUUGGAUUUUAUUCUUGGACAGCUGUGGAUUCACUGCAUGUCAGUCUCCAGGCUCUCUGAUUGUCAGACCGAACAGACGUCAGUUCUUGGAAUAUGAGUCUGUCUCUCUGAGCUGUGAGGUCCAGGGUGGUUCUACUGGAUGGGGAGUGAAGAGGAACUCAAGUGGAAAGCGAACAGAGUGUGGUGAUGGAUGGGGGAGGGUGGAUGGAACCAACUGCAACAUCUCCUCAACCAAAUCAACAGACAGUGGAGUUUACUGGUGUCAGUCUGAAUCUGGACAACACAGUAAUACUGUCAACAUCACAGUAACUGAUGUAAUCCUAGAGAUUCCCAUCCUCCCUGUGACUGAGGGAAGUUCUAUGACUCUCAGCUGCAGACCUAAGGAAACUCCCUCUGACCUCACAGCUGAUUUCUACAAAGAUGGAUCCCUCCUCAGAACUGAGUUUACAGGAAAGAUGACCAUCCCUGCAGUUAACAAGUCAGAUGAAGGAUGGUACUGGUGUAGACACCCUAAAGGAAACUCCUCAAAGAGCUGGAUAACUGUGACAGCACCUUUUAUUAAAUCCUUAGAUGCAUCCUCAUCUCCUCCUCCGUCCUCAUCUCCACCGUCUCCAGAGGUGUCCAUGUCUCUGUCCAGACUGUUGGUGUCUAGUCUAUUGGUGGUGUCUCCAUACCUGGUGACCACUGUCCUACUGGUUAAAUACAGCAUGAAAAGGAACAGGGCUCAAGGUGAGAAGUCUCUGAAUCAAUGUGUUUCAGCCUGUCAUUAAAUUUACAGCAGUAUUGCAUGU